AUGGGCGGCGAUGGCCAGGAUAUCGAGGUUGGCGACACUGUGGACGUGCCGGGCGGCAUGCACGGUGUCGUCAAGUUUAUCGGAAGCGUUCGCGGAAAGAAAGGUGUCUUCGCUGGAGUAGAGCUCAGCAGAGAGUUCGCCGCGCGUGGGAAGAACGACGGCGACGUCGACGGCACGCGGUAUUUCACGACUUCGGUUCCGGGCUCCGGUAUAUUCCUGCCUGUACAUCGUGCGACGAAACGAUCCUCUCCUACCUUGACCUCCGAGACCUUCCCUCCUACGCCUACGACGCCGUCCUUCAAUACCUUCAGCCUCUCAACGAGAGAAAAGCCCAACUCCAGCCCCGAUACGCCGUCUAUACCCAAGUUCUCGCAGUCAGUAGGCCCUGGAGCGCGCGCGCCUAGUCCCGUCUUCAAACCAAAGGGAAGGCCCUCGCUACCGCGCCCAGAAUCACCCUUCCGCAAGCAACCAAAUUUGGCUCCCACACCUGGGCGAAAUGGUUCUAUUACACCCGCUGGUUUCUCGAAGAGCGCCAUUGGCCCUCCGAGGUUUAACAGUCCUGGUCCAAGAACCGCGGCUUUCCAGAAACCGCCGCGGACGCCAGGUCCAUCUCGGCCAUUUUCACGCAACAACUCACGUUUGGGACAGCAUGACACUAUAGAUGAAGACACGGAAGUAACCCCAACUGGAGUCGUUCGUGCAAGCAAUGGUUCGAUGGCGAGCUCGACAACGCGAAGGCCUGGUUCAAAUCAAUCUGACGGCGAGGUGCAGCGCCUCACCAAGCUGCUAGAAGAGCGUGAUAAGCAGUUAAAAGAGCAAGCGGCUUCGCUGGCGGAAAUGGAGACCAGCUUGGCUGAGAUUCAAACUCUCAUGCCGGAGGAUGGCAUGGAUCUGGGGCGUCCAAGGAGCAACGGUAACGAGCCGAGUGAUGUUGUCCAGCUCCGCGCUCUUCUCCGAGAGAAGAAUGAUAAGAUCGCCAUGCUUACUGCUGAAUUUGAUGCGCAUCGAGCCGACUUCCGAAGUACCAUCGACACUCUUGAGAUGGCAAGUACCGAGACAGAGCGCGUGUAUGAGAGAAAAGUGGAAGAGCUCCAGGAUGAGCUUAGGGAACUGCAAUCGAGGGGUGAAGACGUUGAAAGCGUCGCGAGGCAGUUAAAACAACUAGAAGAACUCGUGCAAGAGUUGGAGGAAGGAUUGGAGGAUGCUAGGAGAGGUGAAGCGGAAGCUCGAGGGGAAGUUGAGUUCCUACGCGGUGAAGUCGAGCGCGGCCGAUCAGAAUUACGGAGGGAACGAGAGAAGGCUGCAGCAGCUCUGAAGGGCGCGGGAGCGAUGGUGGACGGCCCGCUCACCCCAGGAUCAAGAGAAGUGGAACAGCGAGACGAUGAAAUCCGCGGUCUGAAAGCCAUCAUCCAUUCCUUGAGCUCCGGGCCUGAAGAGCACGGCCGAUCGCCCUUGUCGCGUCAGGGAUCUUCAGUGAACCCAGAAGAACUGAGGAGCGUUCAAGCGAAGGCAGAGCGCCUCGAACGCGAGAAAGAAGAGCUGCGCGGGCUCGUUGAACGGAAAGCUUACCGAGAGGAAGAGCUAGAGCGGGAAAUCGAGAGAUUGAAGAGCCAGGUGGGCACUCCCGACCAACGUGAGAGCGUCAUCAGCAAUAGUCUGUCCGAGCGUACGGCAAUGCAGGACAAGCGAUCCUCCGGACGAGACUCUAAAGGCACGGUUGUCAGCUGGAGAGGGUCACCACAAGCGGCACGCCGGGAAGCACCAUCAACGCUUGAGCCCAUGAUGGAGUCUGACGGGCACUCGUCAGCUGAUGGUAGUGUACUUUGGUGCGAAAUCUGCGAGACGGGCGGCCACGACAUCCUUAACUGCUCUGCCAUGGGAGGAGACGGCAUAUCCAAGCCUCACUCGAGCGCGAACCGCAGCGGAAAAGACGUGGUCAUCGAAGGCCUCCGAAAUCUUUCUGUUUCGUCCGAUAGGCCUCGACCUUCGGCUGGUACUCCCAGCAAAGCGCCAGGCAACGCCCCUACGGCGCCGCUCCCGAUACCUUCGUUUAAUUCAUCGCUGGUGCCUCCAAAGGGAGCCACGGUAGCUGAUCCGGAUAAGUGGUGUGCGCUGUGCGAGAGCGAGGGUCAUGAUGUCACGGCAUGCCCUAAUGAAGAUGCUUUCUAG